AUUUGGUAUAAAUUUACUUUUAAAAUGACUUAACUGUUUAUUAAAGCAGCAGGCAGAGAAUAUUGGACUGCUAACGCUGUGUGGCAAUGUAGUUAAUAGAUUAUAAUUAAUUCAUCAAGAUUCCUUAUCACAACAAACUGAUCUAUGUUUAAAGGUGUGAAAUAUAUUAUAAAUUAUAAUACUUGCUAUGAAUAGCAUUAGCAGGUGGCUCAGAUUGAAAAUUCCUUCUAGAAUGCAUAACCCACCAAGUGAUUUCCUGUGAGAUACUGACGCCUUGUGGUAGAUUUGAUCAUUUUGUAGAAUGACAGAGGAACGGAAACUUGCUGCAUCCUUGCGCCUAGACAGACAGGAAGUGUUUUUUUUUUUUUGUAAAUAACUUUAGCAGCAGUCAAACAAACCUCACACAACAACAUAAUUAUAGCUUACUUUACUAUACAUCAACACUUAAAAUAAUAUGUUUAUUCUUAAAUAAACUAAGAGAUAAGCAGAGUUUUCUUUGAAGUUGAAGUUGUGGGUUCUAUAUUCUGGUCAUCAAAAAAAUAUGAAGAGCAGUUUGUGGUUAUAGAAAGAGCUUAAAAGCAGGCAGUCAUUUCCGCUUACAUGCCUAAAUAAGUUGCAGGGACGCAACCAGAGUAUAUCUGCAAACUGUACUCAGAUUGCUUUUAGAAAAGGUUUUGCUUUCCAUCCUUUAUAUCACAGUCAAUGCAAAUUGUUUCCUUUAGGAGGAAUUGAUAAUGCAGCUCAUAUUUCAAUUCUUAUUUUAGAAAAAAACUUUUUUUUUAUUGUUCCACCUUUGUCUCCCCUCAACCUGUUUCUCUCAUAUUAAGAAAGGAUGAAUUCAGCAUCAAAAUCACCAAAACAACUGUUCUUUCAAUUCCUCAAAUUCUCUGUCGGGUUUUAGGAACAAAUCAGCAUGUUUAACACUCAAACUUUUCAGUGUGGUUCACCGACAGGAAACGUUGCUAAAGCAACAGAAUUGGUCUUAAAAAAAAAAAAAGAACAGCAGAUGUCAGAGUAAGAGGAAAUUUGCUAUCCUGAGGUGAGAUCAGAAUUUUUUUUUGUACACCUUCUCGACUGCAAGCUUAUUUCCUUUUACUGCGCCUCAUUGCCUGGCAGUUAAAUUACUCAACUCAGUAACACAACCUCCACAUGUGAAGCUCAAUGGAAAAUGUUGCUUCCACGGGUCUUCGCGCUUAUAUGUUUGACUGCUGUCUGUGCAGCUCAGGAUGAAAAUGAUCAAACCACCACUAUUCCAACACCUGCCUAUGAACCUCCUGAGCCUGAACUGGUGCUAACUUCAGUUAAUUUAGACGUCUUUACGUCUGAGAAAGUAGUACUAAGAUGCAGUGUCAGUAGCGGUUCUGACUGGAUCUUUACCUGGGAGAGAGAUGGACAGCCGUUAGGGCAAAACUCAGAUUUUUCUUUUCCAAAUGACGGCUCAGUGCUAACAAUAACUGCAAAUAGAAAGGAUCUUGCUGGGCAUUAUACAUGCCAAGGAAAGGACCAGAGUGGUGUUCGUUUGACUAAACCUAGUAAAUCACUGGAGGUUAAAGUAAAAGAGCUACCUACACCCACUCUAAAAAAAGAGAGUCCCUGGCCAGAGUUGUUCAUAGGAGAAGCUGUGAGUUUUAAAUGUGAAGUGACCGGCUCUGAGUGGAAGAUCAUCUGGUACAAAGACCAACAACUUCUGAAUAAAGAGGGACCACGACUCGACAUCAAUUCACUUACUGCAAGUGAUGCUGGAGGAUAUACCUGCCAAGCUCAGCAUACAUCCAGAGCAGUCAAGUCCAGAGUCAGCAAUUCAGAAAGCCUUACUGUUAAUCAGCUACCUACACCCACUCUAAAAAACCAGAGUCCCUGGCCAGAGUUGUUCAUAGGUGAAGCUGUGAGCUUUAAAUGUGAAGUGACCGGCUCUGAGUGGAAGAUCAUCUGGUACAAAGACCAACAACUUCUGAAUAAAGAGGGACCACGACUCGACAUUUAUUCACUUACUGCAAGUGAUGCUGGAGGAUAUACCUGCCAAGCUCAGCAUACAUCCAGAGCAGUCAAGUCUGGAGUCAGCAAUUCAGAAAGCCUUACUGUUAAUCAGCCACCUACACCCACUCUAAAAAACGAGGGCACCUGGCCAGGGUUGUUCAUAGGAGAAGCUGUGAGCUUUAAAUGUGAAGUGACCGGCUCUGAGUGGAGGAUCAUCUGGUACAAAGACCAACAACCUCUGAAUAAAGAGGGACCACGACUCGACAUCAAUUCACUUACUGCAAGUGAUGCUGGACGAUAUACCUGCCAAGCCCAGCAUAGAUCCAGAGCAGUCAAGUCUGGAGUCAGCAAUUCAGAAAGUCUUACUGUUAAUCAGCUACCUACACCCACUCUAAAAAACCAGAGUCCCUGGCCUGAGUUGUUCAUAGGUGAAGCUGUGACCUUUAAAUGUGAAUUGACCGGCUCUGAGUGGAGGAUCAUCUGGUACAAAGACCAACAACCUCUGAAUAAAGAGGGACCACGACUCGACAUCAAUUCACUUACUGCAAGUGAUGCUGGACGAUAUACCUGCCAAGCUGAGCAUAAAUUCAGAGCAGUCAAGUCCGGAGUCAGCAAUUCCGAAAGCCUUACUGUUAAUCAGCUACCUACACCCACUCUAAACAAGGAGAGUGCCUGGCCAGAGUUGUUCCUAGGUGAAGCUUUGAGCUUUAAAUGUGAAGUGACCGGCUCUGAGUGGAAGAUCAUCUGGUACAAAGACCAGCAACCUCUGAAUAAAGAGGGACCACGACUCGACAUCAAUUCACUUACUGCAAGUGAUGCUGGACGAUAUACCUGCCAAGCUCAGCAUAGAUCCAGAGCAGUCAAGUCCGGACUCAGCAAUUCACAAAGCCUUACUGUUAAUCGUGAGUUUUCAUCUUUUAUUUCAGGGAAUCAGCACCAAUACAAGAAGCCAGAAUGUGUCUAUUCUCCCUGGGAGCUACCUACACCCACUCUAAAAAACCAGAGUCCCUGGCCUGAGUUGUUCAUAGGUGAAGCUGUGACCUUUAAAUGUGAAUUGACCGGCUCUGAGUGGAGGAUCAUCUGGUACAAAGACCAACAACCUCUGAAUAAAGAGGGACCACGACUCGACAUCAAUUCACUUACUGCAAGUGAUGCUGGACGAUAUACCUGCCAAGCUGAGCAUAAAUUCAGAGCAGUCAAGUCCAGAGUCAGCAAUUCAGAAAGCCUUACUGUUAAUCAGCUACCUACACCCACUCUAAAAAACCAGAGUCCCUGGCCAGAGUUGUUCAUAGGUGAAGCUGUGAGCUUUAAAUGUGAAGUGACCGGCUCUGAGUGGAAGAUCAUCUGGUACAAAGACCAACAACUUCUGAAUAAAGAGGGACCACGACUCGACAUUUAUUCACUUACUGCAAGUGAUGCUGGAGGAUAUACCUGCCAAGCUCAGCAUACAUCCAGAGCAGUCAAGUCUGGAGUCAGCAAUUCAGAAAGCCUUACUGUUAAUCAGCUACCUACACCCACUCUAAAAAACCAGAGUCCCUGGCCUGAGUUGUUCAUAGGUGAAGCUGUGACCUUUAAAUGUGAAUUGACCGGCUCUGAGUGGAGGAUCAUCUGGUACAAAGACCAACAACCUCUGAAUAAAGAGGGACCACGACUCGACAUCAAUUCACUUACUGCAAGUGAUGCUGGACGAUAUACCUGCCAAGCUGAGCAUAAAUUCAGAGCAGUCAAGUCCGGAGUCAGCAAUUCCGAAAGCCUUACUGUUAAUCAGCUACCUACACCCACUCUAAACAAGGAGAGUGCCUGGCCAGAGUUGUUCCUAGGUGAAGCUUUGAGCUUUAAAUGUGAAGUGACCGGCUCUGAGUGGAAGAUCAUCUGGUACAAAGACCAGCAACCUCUGAAUAAAGAGGGACCACGACUCGACAUCAAUUCACUUACUGCAAGUGAUGCUGGACGAUAUACCUGCCAAGCUCAGCAUAGAUCCAGAGCAGUCAAGUCCGGACUCAGCAAUUCACAAAGCCUUACUGUUAAUCAAAACCCAAAGCUCUCUCUAACAUCAAGCCCAGCCUUUGAAACAUGGUACCCUAAAGAAUUGAUUAACUUCACAUGCAAUGUCGAUGUGCCCUCGAGUUGGACAUAUGAGUGGUAUCAGAAUGGGAGUAAAAUUCAUGAAUCCACCAUUAAUAAUUAUAAAGCAGCCCCACUGACUCAUUCCAGCAAUGGCCAAUACCAAUGCAAAGUCCAGAGAAGAGGAGGUCAACUCUACACAAGUAAUGAUGUAUCAGUAAAAGUUGCUGAACCACCUACCCCGAUUAUAAAGCUGGAGACCUCCUGGACUGAUGUGUUUAAAACGGAAAAGUUGAGAUUCAGCUGUACAGGGCCAGACUCCAUAUGGACACUCAUCUGGUACAAAGACCAAAAGAAGCUAAAAACAGAGGGACCAUCUCUCAAUAUUGAUUCUGUCACAAAAGAUGACAAAGGGGUAUAUACAUGCAAAGCUGAAAUUAAAUCCAGAGGACUCUCUUCUGCAUCAAGUGACACAAUAGUUAUCACUGUGUAUGACAGUAAACCAACAGUGACACUCCUGCAGAAUCCAGACGACAAAUUGCUACACACUGGCGAUGCGAUCUCCUUCACUUGUCACGUAAAUGUCUCUUCUGGAUGGAAAUACUCUUGGUACAAAGACAACAAUAUCAUCAGCCCAACAGGAAUCACUCACAACAUCAGUUCUGCAUCAACGUCUGAGACUGGAUCAUAUGAAUGCCAAGUUGGAAGAGGAGAAGAAACCCCUCUGUUUUACUCAGAGAAGAGUCGGGCUGUACAGCUUACAGUUGCAGAGCGCCCAAAGGCAAGUAUAGUCCUGUUAACUACCUGGUCUGAGGUCUUUUCCACUGACAGCCUCAAGCUUCAAUGUGAAGUGGUGGGCAGCCAAGACAAUUGGAACUACACCUGGUUUAAAGAGAGCGAACAACUUAAUCAGGCGUCCUUAUCGACGCAUUCUGUUACGCCUUCGAAUGACCCAGAUCAGAGCGAGUACAUCUGCCAGGGCAUACGCACCAAGAGACCACUAUAUUCACAACGUAGUGACUCCUACAAAACCAAGAACCUCCUUUUAAAGAGGAGAGUCCUUCUUUCCAUCUCUGGCUGCCUUUUCUUUGGUAUCAUAGCUGUUUUUAUUGGAUGCAUUGUCAUGAGAGUUUUGCGCAAACCAGCUGAUGCGGAUGAUAAGCAAGAUGAAGCGAAUCUGUUUCUCACCAUGGCUCAGUUAAAGGACAGAAAUGAUGCUCCCUGCCCUCUGGUUGAGUACAUUACUGAUGCAGAUGUGAAUCCACCCGCAAAAGAAGGGGAAGAGAAUGCUACAAGCUGUACUGAAACAACGCCACUCCCAAUAACUUCGCCAGAGGAGCAAGCUGUAACAGCCAAUGGAAAAGAGACAACAGAAAAUGGUACUGCCAUGGUUUCCUUUCUACAAUGAACAGGAGAUGACCUCAACAUUCUUUUGGUUGAGACAAACCUCAAAAUGUUGUUCACUGGAAGUUAAAUAUAUUCUAAAUACAUCAGUGGCAUCAGUGAGGCUAUCAGUAAACCUCAGCAUGUUGCUAGUCCAGCUCAGUUCAAACUGAAGUGUCAGCUAUUAUGCGCCUUACAUGAACAUGUAUAAGUUGUUAAUGCAAAUUGUUUUAUUUUUCCUUGUGAGCACUUUUACAUGGCUAAUGAGACUAUCCAGAUGUAUAUUGCAUAUAUAGCCUAUUAAAACAGAUUGAAUGUAAAGUUGCAUCAUUGCUUAUAUUUCACUUUUUGCUUCAGUUCUCCAAACAGACAGCAGAUGUCAGUGUAACUUUUUCCAGUUUUUUUUUUUUUAUUGGUUCAUUGAUGAAUGUAUUUGCUUUGCUCUUAUAAAGGAACAACCUGAAAAUUGUUUGAUAUAUUUAUCUACAAAUCUUGUACCUUUGUAUAUCGUUUUUUGAAAAUAAAAAGUUUUUUAAAAAUGUGCUCUUUCAGUUCAAAAUUGAUCUGCAGCAUCAGAUGU